AAGCAAGAAGCUUAAGAAACUCAAGUGGGACAGCUUCAACGCAGAAUAUUUCAAAGUCUGUAGGGAAACUUGGAUGAUGGGAGACAAAGCAAAGACUACAGAACAAACGUGAGGUUUUUGCAACCACAGAUACAGCAGUAUUCAACCCGGACUGACUCCUUGUAAAACAAGCGUAAAACACAAGCAUAAAGCCACACACUAAACGCCCGUUUUCCUCCACUGCCAUUGCCCAAUUUGCUUCCAAGAUUCGGUACCUACAAGAAUACCAUAACCGAGUUCUUCACAACAUUUACCCUGUCCCAUCUGGAACAGAUAUCGCAAACACGCUGAAAUACUUUUCUCAAACCUUGUUAAGCAUUUUGUCCCGCACAGGGAAGAAGGAAAACCAAGAUGCCUCCAAUUUGACAGUGCCCAUGACCAUGUGUCUUUUUCCUGUGCCAUUCCCACUCACCCCAUCUCUAAGACCGCAGGUCAGUUCCAUCAACCCUACUGUUACUCGCUCCCUCCUUUACAGCGUCCUGCGAGAUGCUUCCUCAGAGCGCGGCCCGCAAAGUCGUGAUGCUCAGUUGUCAGACUACCCUUCUCUGGACUACCAAGGCCUCUACGUGACUUUGGUGACUCUCCUGGAUCUAGUUCCUUUACUACAGCAUGGCCAACACGAUCUUGGACAGUCAAUCUUUUAUACAACGACAUGUUUGCUACCCUUUCUCAAUGAUGAUAUUCUAAGUACUUUGCCCUACACGAUGAUAUCCACGUUAGCUACCUUUCCUCCAUUUCUGCACAAGGAUAUUAUUGAAUAUCUCAGCACAUCUUUUCUACCAAUGGCUAUAUUGGGUUCCUCAAGGAGAGAAGGAGUCCCUGCCCACGUCAACCUGUCCGCAUCCUCCAUGCUCAUGAUUGCAAUGCAGUACACGUCCAACCCAGUGUAUCAUUGUCAAUUAUUGGAAUGCCUCAUGAAAUAUAAGCAAGAAGUCUGGAAAGACCUUCUCUAUGUGAUUGCCUAUGGGCCCUCCCAGGUGAAGCCUCCAGCUGUACAGAUGCUCUUCCACUACUGGCCCAAUUUGAAACCUCCUGGGGCAAUAAGCGAGUACCGGGGGUUACAGUACACAGCUUGGAAUCCCAUCCACUGCCAGCACAUUGAAUGCCACAAUGCAAUUAACAAACCAGCUGUGAAGAUGUGCAUAGACCCUUCUGUGUCGGUAGCUUUGGGUGAUAAGCCACCCCCACUGUACCUCUGUGAAGAAUGCAGUGAGAGGAUCGCAGGGGACCACAGCGAGUGGUUGGUUGAUGUUCUUCUGCCACAAGCUGAGAUAUCGGCUAUAUGUCAGAAAAAGAAUUGCAGUUCCCAUGUUAGAAGAGCAGUUGUCACCUGCUUUUCAGCAGGGUGCUGCGGUCGUCACGGAAACAGGCCUGUUCGGUACUGUAAGAGAUGUCACUCGAAUCAUCACAGUAGUGAUGUGGGGGCUGCGGCCGAGACCCACCUCUAUCAGACCUCCCCCCCACCCAUCAACACGCGGGAGUGUGGCGCCGAGGAGCUGGUCUGCGCGGUGGAGGCUGUGAUCAGCUUGUUGAAAGAAGCUGAGUUCCAUGCGGAGCAGCGGGAGCACGAGCUGAACCGCCGACGGCAGCUGGGCCUUUCCUCAUCCCACCACUCCCUGGACAACACGGACUUUGAUAACAAGGACGAUGAUAAACACGACCAGAGGCUACUCAGCCAAUUUGGAAUAUGGUUCUUAGUGAGCCUCUGUACGCCCAGCGAGAACACGCCCACGGAGAGCCUGGCCCGGCUCGUGGCCAUGGUGUUCCAGUGGUUCCACUCCACAGCGUACAUGAUGGAUGAUGAAGUGGGAAGCUUGGUGGAGAAACUGAAGCCUCAGUUUGUCACCAAGUGGCUGAAGACUGUAUGCGACGUUCGCUUUGAUGUCAUGGUCAUGUGCCUUCUUCCCAAACCCAUGGAGUUUGCCAGGGUUGGUGGCUACUGGGAUAAAUCCUGCAGCACAGUGACGCAGCUGAAGGAAGGUCUCAACCGAAUCCUCUGCCUCAUCCCCUACAAUGUGAUCAGUCAGUCUGUGUGGGAAUGCAUCAUGCCGGAGUGGCUGGAAGCCAUCAGAACCGAAGUCCCAGAUAACCAGUUGAAAGAAUUCAGGGAAGUACUAAGCAAAAUGUUUGACAUCGAGCUCUGUCCUCUACCUUUUUCGAUGGAAGAGAUGUUUGGCUUUAUUAGUUGUCGGUUUACGGGAUACCCCUCCUCUGUGCAGGAGCAAGCUUUGCUGUGGCUUCAUGUAUUAUCGGAGUUAGAUAUCAUGGUUCCACUUCAGCUAUUAAUAAGUAUGUUUUCUGAUGGAGUUAAUUCUGUCAAAGAACUGGCAAAUCAAAGAAAGUCAAGAGCCAAUGAACUGGCAGGGAACUUGGCAGCUCGAAGGGUGAGUGUCGCCUCUGAUCCUGGCCGGCGAGUUCAACACAACAUGCUCAGUCCAUUUCAUAGUCCUUUCCAGAGUCCAUUUCGGAGUCCUAUGCGUAGCCCAUUUCGUAGCCCUUUCAAGAAUUUUGGGCACCCAGGAGGAAGGACUAUUGACUUUGAUUGUGAAGAUGAUGAAAUGAAUCUAAAUUGUUUCAUCCUCAUGUUUGACCUUCUCCUGAAGCAGAUGGAAUUACAAGAUGAUGGAAUCACGAUGGGUUUAGAGCACAACUUGUCAAAGGACAUCAUUUCUAUCAUAAACAAUGUCUUCCAAGCCCCCUGGGGGGGCUCUCAUACCUGUCAGAAGGAUGAAAAAGCAGUUGAGUGUAACCUCUGUCAGUUGAGUAUUCUCUGCUAUCAGCUUGCUUGUGAACUCCUGGAGAGACUAGCUCCCAAAGAAGAGAGCCGGCUGGUGGAACCCACAGACAGCCUUGAAGACAGUCUCCUCUCUUCCAGACCAGAGUUCAUCAUAGGCCCCGAAGGAGAGGAGGAGGAGAACCCUGCAGCCAGGCAUGGGGAGAACCCAGGCAGCCGUGCCGCACCCACCGAACCUGCUGCAAUAAAGAAUGACACUGAAAGAAAAUUUUGCUACCAGCAACUUCCUGUAACGUUGAGACUAAUCUAUACCAUUUUUCAGGAAAUGGCUAAGUUUGAAGAGCCAGACAUUCUUUUUAAUAUGCUCAGUUGCCUGAAGAUCCUCUGCUUGCAUGGCGAGUGUCUGUACAUUGCUAGGAAAGACCACCCCCAGUUUCUGGCCUACAUUCAGGACCACAUGUUGAUUGCAAGCUUGUGGAGAGUACUCAAGUCCGAGUUCUCUCAGCUGUCUUCGCUGGCCGUCCCUCUCCUGCUGCAUGCGCUGUCACUUCCUCAUGGUGCUGACAUCUUCUGGGCAGUCAUCAAUGGCAACUUCAACAGCAAAGACUGGAAGAUGAGGUUUGAAGCAGUGGAAAAAGUGGCUGUGAUUUGUAGAUUUCUGGACAUUCAUUCAGUGACCAAAAACCACCUGCUGAAGUACUCCCUGGCUCAUGCUUUCUGCUGCUUCCUGACAGCUGUGGAGGACGUCAACCCCGCGGUGGCCACCAGGGCUGGUCUGCUACUCGACACCAUCAAGAGGCCCGCGUUGCAGGGUCUGUGUCUUUGUCUUGACUUCCAGUUUGACACUGUGGUGAAAGACCGACCCACGAUAUUGAGCAAGCUUUUGCUCCUGCAUUUUCUUAAGCAAGACAUCCCUGCCUUGAGCUGGGAGUUCUUUGUAAACAGGUUUGAGACCCUGUCCCUGGAAGCCCAGUUACAUUUGGAUUGCAACAAAGAAUUUCCUUUUCCUACAACCAUCACUGCCGUGAGGACCAACGUGGCCAACCUCAGCGAUGCUGCCCUGUGGAAGAUUAAGAGGGCCCGCUUCGCUCGGAACCGGCAGAAGAGCGUGCGGUCCCUGAGGGACAGUGUGAAAGGGCCAGCGGAGUCCAAGAGGGCGCUCUCCCUUCCCGAGACCCUGACCUCCAAAAUCCCUAUGAGGUUGACCAGGCAUGAGCAGUCUGCUCCAGCUCUCGGUGGGACACCUGAACAGACGCCAGGACAACAGUCUCCCGAGAAUGACAACACUAUCAAGGACCUGCUCCCAGAAGAUGCAGGGAUAGACCACCAGACAGUGCAUCAGCUGAUCACUGUGCUCAUGAAGUUCAUGGCCAAGGAUGAGAGCAGUGCCGAGUCGGACAUCAGCAGCGCAAAGGCCUUCAAUACAGUCAAGCGGCACCUGUACGUUCUGCUGGGCUAUGACCAACAGGAAGGCUGCUUCAUGAUUGCACCGCAAAAGAUGCGCCUGUCGACUUGCUUUAAUGCAUUUAUCGCAGGAAUUGCCCAAGUUAUGGACUAUAACAUUAAUUUGGGAAAACACCUUCUCCCCUUGGUGGUUCAGGUGCUCAAAUACUGCUCUUGUCCUCAGCUGCGACAUUAUUUCCAGCAGCCACCUCGCUGUUCCCUCUGGUCCCUAAAACCGCACAUCCGGCAGAUGUGGCUGAAGGCCUUGCUUGUCAUCCUUUACAAGUACCCAUACCGAGACUGUGAGAUCAGCAAGAUCCUGCUGCACCUGAUUCACAUCACAGUCAAUACCCUCAAUGCACAGUAUCACAGCUGCAAGCCCCACGCCACUGCAGGACCUCUGUACAGUGACAACAGUAACAUCAGCAGAUACAGUGAGAAAGACAAAGAAGAAGAUAGUGUUUUUGAUGAAUCUGAUAUUCAUGAUACACCUACUGGACCCUGCCAUAAAGAGUCUCAAACUUUUUUUGCAAGAUUGAAAAGGAUAGGCGGCAGCAAAAUGGUGAAAUAUCAGCCGGUUGAGAUGAAUGUUCAGAGAAGUGAAAUAGAACUGGCUGAAUAUAGAGACACGGGCGCAUUGCAAGACAGCCUUCUUCACUGUGUCAGAGAAGAAAGCAUUCAGAAAAAAAAGCUGCGAUCCUUAAAGCAAAAGUCUCUUGAUAUAGGGAACGCAGAUUCCCUCUUGUUCACGUUAGAUGAGCAUCGCCGCAAGUCUUGUAUUGACCGCUGUGACAUAGACAAGCCUCCCGGUCAGGUGGCCUAUCUGCCACAGAGACAGAGUGACCAUGCGCGUUCUAGGCAGAACUCGGCCACGAGGCCCGACCCUAUGGAGAUCCCCGAGAACCCCGCCCUGGAGGGCCUUCAGGAACCGCGGAGGCCGGUGAUCCCCGAAGUUCGGUUGAACUGCAUGGAGACCUUUGAGGUGAAGGUGGACUCUCCGGGUAAGCCAGCCCCUAAAGAAGAUUUAGAUCUCAUAGAUUUGUCCUCGGAUUCCACAUCCGGCCCAGAGAAACACUCCCUCCUCUCCACAUCUGACAGUGACUCUCUUGUCUUCGAGCCCCUUCCCCCUCUCAGAAUAGUUGAGAGCGAUGAAGAGGAGGAGGCGAGGAAGCAAGGAAAUGAUGGUCCCUCCAGUAAAAAUACCACCUCUUCGCCCUCCACCCCCAGCCAGCCGUCUGUCCUCAGCCUCAGCACAACCCCCCUUGUGCAAGUCAGCGUAGAGGAUUGCUCCAAAGACUUUGCUUCUACGGACUCAGGGAACAGCCAGCCAGCAGGCACCCAGGAUGUCACUGUCGCAGCCCUGGAAGACCGGACAGACUCCCAGGAAUUGUCCAAGCCAGAGGAGAGGCAAGAGUUCUCCUGUGGCAGCCCUUUGACGCUGAAGCAGAAGAGAGACCUUCUGCAGAAGUCAGUUGCCCUCCCCCAGAUGUCGGUGGACGAGAGCCUGGAGCCCAGCACUGAGGAGGAGAGGCCUGGUGGGCUGGUGCCAAGUUCAGGGGUCAAGACUGUUCUCCUCAAAGUUCCGGAGGAUGCUGAGAACCCAGCAGAAAGUGAGAAGCCUGAUACCAGCGCCGAGUCUGACACAGAACAGAAUCCCGAAAGGAAAGGGGAAGAGGAUGGGACAGAGGAGUCAGAGUUCAAGAUUCAGAUCGUCCCCAGGCAGAGAAAGCAGAGAAAGAUUGCUGUCAGUGCGAUCCAGAGAGAGUACCUGGAUAUCUCCUUCAACAUUCUGGACAAGCUGGGAGAGCAGAAGGAUCCAGAUCCUUCUGCGAAAGGACUUUCGACUUUGGAAAUGCCACGAGAAUCCUCCUCUGCACCUACAUUAGAAGCAGGUGUGCCGGAAACAAGUAGCCAUUCUUCCAUAACAACUCAGUAUAGACAGAUGAAAAGGGGAUCCCUGGGAGUUCUGACAAUGAGCCAGUUAAUGAAGCGGCAGCUGGAACAUCAGUCUAGCGCCCCUCAUAACAUCAGCAACUGGGACACUGAACAGAUACAGCCUGGGAAACGCCAGUGUAAUGUGCCAAUGUGCCUCAACCCUGACCUGGAGGGACAGCCGCUGAGAAUGAGAGGUGCCACCAAGUCCAGCCUGCUGUCAGCACCCAGUGUAGUCAGCAUGUUUGUGCCUGCGCCUGAGGAAUUCACGGAUGAGCAGCCCACGGUGAUGACGGACAAAUGCCAUGACUGUGGGGCCAUUCUAGAAGAAUACGAUGAAGAAACGCUGGGGCUGGCCAUCGUGGUCCUCUCCACGUUCAUUCACCUAAGUCCAGACUUGGCAGCCCCGCUGUUGCUGGACAUCAUGCAGUCUGUAGGAAGGUUGGCAUCCAGCACCACUUUCUCCAAUCAGGCAGAAAGCAUGAUGGUCCCAGGCAAUGCAGCAGGAGUGGCCAAGCAGUUCCUGCGCUGUAUCUUCCAUCAGCUGGCACCCAACGGCAUCUUCCCACAGCUGUUCCAGAGCACGAUCAGAGAUGGGACGUUUUUACGAACCCUGGCCACAUCUUUGAUGGAUUUCAAUGAGCUGAGCUCCAUCGCCGCUCUCAGCCAGCUCUUGGAGGGUCUAAAUAACAAAAAGAAUUUACCAGCAGGGGGUGCUAUGAUACGCUGUUUGGAAAACAUGGCUACUUUCAUGGAAGCUUUGCCCAUGGAUUCUCCCAGUAGCCUCUGGACUACAAUCAGCAACCAGUUCCAGACGUUCUUCGCCAAGCUGCCUUGUGUUUUACCUCUGAAGUGUUCUUUAGAUUCCAGUUUGAGAAUUAUGAUUUGCCUCUUGAAGAUACCCUCUACCAACGCCACCAGGAGUUUGUUGGAGCCAUUUUCAAAACUGCUCAGCUUCGUAAUCCAGAAUGCUGUCUUCACGUUGGCCUACCUGGUGGAGCUGUGUGGCUUGUGCUACCGAGCCUUCACUAAGGAACGCGAUAAAUUCUACCUGUCUCGUAGCGUCGUUCUAGAACUUCUACAGGCCCUAAAGCUCAAAUCUCCUUUACCAGACACAAACCUCCUUCUGCUUGUCCAGUUUAUCUGUGCAGAUGCUGGAACCAAACUAGCUGAGUCGACAAUCCUGAGCAAGCAAAUGAUCGCUUCUCUUCCUGGAUGUGGGACGGCGGCGAUGGAGUGCGUGCGGCAGUACAUCACCGAAGUGCUGGAUUUCACGGCAGACAUGCAUACGCUGACCAAACUGAAGAGCCACAUGAAGACAUGUUCCCAGCCUUUGCAUGAAGAUACCUUUGGUGGACAUCUCAAAGUUGGGCUAGCUCAGAUUGCAGCAAUGGAAAUCUCCAGGGGCAACCACAGAGAUAACAAAGCUGUGAUCCGCUACCUGCCUUGGCUCUACCACCCUCCUUCGGCAAUGCAGCAAGGACCUAAGGAAUUCAUCGAGUGUGUCUCCCACAUCCGCCUGUUGUCCUGGUUGCUCCUGGGCUCGCUCACUCACAAUGCCGUGUGCCCAAACUCUUCUUCGCCCUGUCUCCCCAUACCUCUGGAUGCAGGAUCCCACAUCGCAGACCACCUGAUUGUGAUCCUGAUUGGAUUCCCAGAGCAAUCAAAGACCUCCGUGCUACACAUGUGCUCGCUCUUCCACGCCUUCAUCUUUGCUCAGCUCUGGACCGUGUAUUGUGAGCAAAGCGCCGUCGCCACAAACGUGCAGAACCAGAACGAAUUCAGCUUCACGGCCAUCUUGACGGCGUUGGAGUUUUGGAGCAGGGUCACUCCCAGCAUCCUGCAGCUCAUGGCCCAUAACAAAGUGAUGGUAGAAAUGGUGUGUCUCCAUGUGAUUAGCUUAAUGGAGGCAUUACAAGAAUGCAAUUCAACCAUUUUUGUCAAGCUCAUACCUAUGUGGCUGCCAAUGAUUCAGUCCAAUAGCAAGCACUUACCUGCGGGCCUCCAGCUUCGCCUCCAGGCCAUUCAGACCAACGUGAACCACCAUAGCCUAAGGACGCUGCCCGGCUCGGGCCAGAGCAGUGCUGGCCUCGCAGCCCUCCGCAAGUGGCUGCAGUGCACCCAGUUCAAAAUGGCGCAGGUGGAGAUCCAGUCCUCGGAAGCAGCCUCGCAGUUCUACCCUCUUUGAGCGGACUCCUCGGCUCUCAGUGUCAACACUCUGGUUUAGCAAUAAUGGGUUUCAAAAACAAAACAAUUUGAUUCAAGCAGGUCGGGGAACAUAUUGGUACUGUACCUUCUCUUUCUAGUUUAGUAAAAGGACGCGCAGAGGCCAGAGAGGGCCAACAAGAAGCUUUCUUGCUACACACAUUUCUGAUGACUCCUUGGGCUAUCUGAUUAAGUGUUUCCUUACAUUAUUUUUUAAGAAAAAAAAAAACCAAAUCAUUUUUCUUUAACUAACUUCUAUUUUUUUUAAGAAAAAAAAAUAGACUGGCGGGUACUCACAGAACAGUUGUCUAAGCCCCCUGUUGCUAUUUUUGAUGAUAGAGAAUAAAUAGGGUUUUUGAAACCUUUGUAGUGUUUUUUCUUAAAAUCCACUCUUGGCAAUGCAAUAAAAAAAACAAACAAAAAACCGUCACCAUAAGCCAGGGACACCUGACUGAUGCUUUUUUGUCAUAAUCCUGGGAAAAGUGGCAGCUUGCGAGGAACAUUACAAAGUGCACUUAGAAAUUAGGUGGUCAAACCGUGCCAAUGGUGUUCGUUGUUUUAUAAUCUCUUUUUCCAGAACUGUCCAGUACAUUUUAUUAUUUUUAAAACUAGUCGUUUUUUUUUUCAAUUCAUUUGUUCCAGGCUGUACUCUCUUGUAAGCUUUAUGACAACCACUUUAGUUUUGUGAAGAAUAAAUUUUAUUCUUUGGUUAUAGACUCGUAUACAAGUCCAUUACAACGGCUGGUUGCUUACUGGGUCAGACGAAUGCCACGCUGGCACAGGGCACCGCGUGGGGAGUGACAGUUCCUAAGAUGGCCUCCUAGGAGCGUCAGCCGCGAGGUCUGUCAGCACUGACCACUGGCAUCUGACUGUGCAUUCCAAAUGAAAUCUCUCUCCUUCGUCCCUGUAAUGCACUGACUU